GAAUACGAAUAAGAAUACUCCACCGCCAAAACACCUCCCUUCUUUUCCACACCCGUCCUCCAUCUCUGAGAUUACUCUCAGGCAUACACUCUACGUGUAUUAAUGGUGGCAAAAGGGGUUUAAUGAGCAUAAAUCCAAAGCCCCUAACAAACAAUUUUUCGUCUCAGGUCAUCGUUGCCUUUUUCCUCUUAAAUUUCACUCCAAUUAAUUAACACCAGUACAAAUUUGGCAACACCAUGGAUGCACCAUGUACAAUCCUUAACCUCUUCUUUCACCAAAUCUUUGCUAAAUAUAGAGAUAGCUUUGAUCCACCCUACUACAACCAACAAACACCGCUCUCUAUUCAAAAUUUCCUAAUACUAGAAAAAGAGCGAAUGGAGAGAAACGGUUAUGGUAUGCUGGCGGAAAACCCCAUCGCUGCGACGAAGGAAGGUGGCGACUUCACCGCUGCUCCUGCUGAAGUCAGCCGUCGGCGCAAGCCCGUGAUGAAGAAGGAUAAAUGUUUUAUUAAGAAGAAACGGGUGUCCGACAGUGACGAUGCCUAUGUUCCUCCUCCUCUCCCACCAAAUAUUACAGAGCGUGGGAGGUUAGCAUUUCUGUUCUACAAGAAGCUUCACAAAAGUGAUGUCAACAGUAUCGGCAGAAUCGUAUUGCCAAAGAAACCAGCAGAGGCUCACCUUCCUGUGCUCUUAAAAAACGACAGUGUCAUUUUGCAAAUGAAUGACCUGAACACUGGGGAUGAAUGGUCAUUCAAGUUUAGGUACUGGCCAAAUAACCGCAGCCGCAUGUACGUGCUUGAGGGCACAGGGUCUUUCACCAAGAAGCAUGGACUGGAAGCGGAUGACUAUAUACUGCUAUACCAGGAUUUGGUGGAUCAAAACUAUUUGAUUCGGGCUAUUAGAAAUGGUUAUGAAGAAGAAUAUGAAAAAGAAGCAACUGAAGUUGAGGGAAACAAGGCAAUAGAGAAGGAUGAUGCUAAUUUGAUGAAUCAAGCUGUGGCUGGUGGGCUCGAGUUUAAUUAUAAUCUCCCUAACACUGACCAGCCUACCAACUUCCCAAACAUGGAUGGUUAUGGUGGUGAUGGUGGUUGGAGUUUGAUGAAUGAUGAUUGCGACAUCUACUUUAACGAAAUCAUCAACUCAUUCAGUAGUUCAUGGGAUGAUGAAUUCAUGUACCCACCACCGAUUCAACAGAUUACUUCUUUUGAAAACCUGUCCAGUGAGGAUCUCUCCCAGGUAUAAAUGCAUCGUAUGUCUGCAACCCAACCUACUAAAAUAAUCAAUCAGCUUAAGACUCUUUUGUGUUGUGUGGUGUUGUUUUGGACAAUAAUAUCUGUAAAGCACUAGUUUCUUCUUCGUUUAUGAUAACUAAUAAAAGAUGAAAACAUCACAUGAACAAAAACUUCUCCAAAUGUAUAUUGUCCACCCAUUAUUCAUUCUCCAAUCCUGUGUCUUUUCAUCAUAACAAAAACUUCUCAACUCAUGAAGCAGAGAACUACACAACCCAAUCCUCAAUGUUACCCAAAAAAAAAGUCAGAAAUAAAAUAACAACAAUUAAAGUUGAAACGGGCACCACAUUCUAGUGUCCCGAACAAAAAAACAA